CCCCUCCCCCUCCUCAUCUGGCACGGCCUAGGAGAUACCCACGACGCCGAAGGUCUGCACUCCGUCGGCUCCCUCGCCGAGUCGAUACACCCACAAACCUACACCUAUUACAUCCGCAUCGACGACGACAGCGGGGAAGACAGGAAAGCGACUUUCUUCGGCAACUUGACGGCGCAAGUGGAGAAAGUAUGCGGCGACAUCCAGGCUGAUCCGAAACUGCUGGAUCCUACGACGGGCACGAUACGGGUGGAUGCGUUGGGGUUCUCACAAGGAGGACAGUUCUUGAGGGGCUUGGUGCAGACGUGUGAGGGACUAAGUGUGAGGAGCUUGGUCACAUUUGGGAGUCAACAUAAUGGCAUCGCGGAAUUGAAAGCGUGUGGGACGUGGGAUUUACUGUGUAAAGGCGCACUGGCGUUGGCGAGGGGAAACAUUUGGAGUGCAUAUGUCCAAUCGCACGUCAUUCCCGCGCAAUACUUCCGCUCCGUUAACGACACGACGGGACUCGGCAGUGAGGAAUACCUCUCCUCCAGCGGCUGGCUCGCAAGGAUGAACAACGAGCUUGAGGUCAAAAAUUCGACCUACAAGCAGCGAAUCAGCGAACUGGAGAAUUUCGUCAUGUUCAUUUUCGAGGAGGAUACAACGGUGAUUCCAAAGGAGAGUGGAUGGUUCGCGGAGGUUAAUGGCACGGAUGGGAAGGUUACGGAGUUGAGGGAGAGGAGAAUGUUCAAGGAGGAUUGGUUGGGGUUGAGGGAACUGGAUGAGAAGGGUGGGUUGGUGUUUGAGACGACGGAGGGGGAGCAUAUGCAGUUGGAUGAGGAGGUUUUGAGGAGGACUUUUGGGAGGUAUUUUGGGCCGGAGAGGAGGGUGGGAAGGGCUUCCGUGGAA